CACUCUGCAGAGCCUUCUUCAGCAUCUCGAAGGCUUCGUUCACCUUUUCCUCCACUGCAGAGCCUUCUUCAGCAUCAAUUUUGGGUUUCGCCUCUGCCUUCUCUCCUUCCUCUGUUUUCAGACCGAAUUUCGACAGGUUGGAUUUGACGAGACUUAACGAGACUUCAUAGUUCAUAGUUCAUAGUGCAUCAAAGUUGGUGGACUCGUUUGCGAUUCAUCUGCUCACCGUCGCUCGUCUCCUCAUCGUGACGCUGUCGUCGGCUCGUCUCCUCACCCAUCACCGUAGCCUGCUCGGUUUCGUCUGCUUGCCGUUGCUGUCUCCCUGUCUCCCCAAGUCCCCGAGUCCCCGUUCACUUCCCCAGACGACCAGACCACUGAGAGUCUGAGACCAGCCCAUGUGAGAUUUUUGUCCUGGAUCCGCCACUGCAGGCGAGAGAUAUGCUGCUUCAUUUGUCUGCUGCCCCUCCUGCCAGCACGACACCCAACACCAGUCUUUUCCUGCUCUUCUCCACCAAUCUUCUGAUUACUCAUUCUUCGUCUUCUUUCUCGCCUUGUUCACUCAGGAACUCCUCUGGGCUGCACACCAGUUGUAGACCACUUAAGGCCAUGGCUGCCCAAGAGGCUCAAUUCUCAACCUCAGCCUCAGCCUCAGGUGAUAGGCAGGCUCUGAUAUCCUUGUCAGACAAAAACAAUCUUGCCUUCCUAGGGAAUGGGCUUCAGAGCUUGGGAUAUAAAAUUGUUUCCACGGGAGGAACUGCAUCUGCUUUGGAAAGUGCCGGGGUGUCUGUCACUAAAGUUGAAGAACUUACUUGCUUCCCGGAGAUGCUCGAUGGUCGUGUUAAAACUUUACACCCCAACAUUCAUGGUGGUAUUCUUGCUAGAAGAGACCAAAAGCAUCACAUGGAAGCUCUUAGUAAUCACGGAAUUGGUAUAUUUGAUGUGGUUGUGGUGAAUCUAUAUCCCUUUUAUGAUAAAGUUACUUCAACUGGAGGAAUAGAAUUUGAGGAUGGAAUCGAAAAUAUAGACAUUGGUGGUCCUGCCAUGAUUAGAGCUGCUGCAAAGAAUCACAAAGAUGUCCUGGUGGUUGUUGAUUCAGAAGACUAUCCUACACUUUUAGAAUAUCUUAAAGUGGACAAGGAUGAUCAACAAUUCCGAAGAAAGCUUGCGUGGAAGGCUUUCCAACAUGUUGCUUCUUAUGAUUCUGCUGUUUCAGAGUGGCUUUGGAGGCAGACUAGCGAAGAUAAAUUCCCCCCAAGCUUAACAGUUCCUCUUUCGCUCAAAAGUCCCCUUCGCUAUGGUGAAAAUCCUCAUCAAAAGGCUGCAUUUUAUGUUGACAAGAGUCUUUCUGAGGUUAAUGCUGGUGGCAUUGCAACUGCUAUACAACAUCAUGGGAAGGAGAUGUCAUAUAAUAACUAUUUAGAUGCUGAUGCGGCUUGGAAUUGUGUGUCAGAGUUCAGGGGUCCUACCUGUGUUGUUGUAAAGCAUACAAAUCCUUGCGGUGUAGCAUCACGUGAUGACAUACUUGAAGCAUACAGGCUUGCUGUCAAAGCAGAUCCAGUGAGUGCAUUUGGUGGCAUUGUAGCUUUCAACAUAGAGGUUGAUGAGGCUCUUGCUAAAGAAAUCCGAGAGUUUAGAAGCCCAACAGAUGGUGAAACCCGGAUGUUUUAUGAGAUUGUGGUUGCACCCAAGUAUUCAAAGAAAGGUCUUGAGAUACUUCGUGGAAAAUCAAAGACUCUGAGGAUCCUUGAGGCAAGCAAAAAUGAGAAAGGAAAACUUUCACUGAGACAGGUUGGUGGUGGGUGGUUAGCCCAGGACUCAGACGAUUUAACUCCUCAAGAUAUCCAAUUUAAUGUUGUGUCUAAGAAGUCUCCACAAGAAAGUGAGCUCAGUGAUGCAGAGUUUGCAUGGUUGUGUGUCAAACAUGUCAAGAGCAAUGCAAUUGUACUAGCAAAGAAUAACUGUAUGUUGGGUAUGGGAAGUGGACAGCCGAAUCGUCGGGAGAGUUUAAGAAUAGCAUUGAAGAAAGCAGGAGAGGAGGUCAAGGGUGCAUCUUUGGCUAGUGAUGCCUUCUUUCCAUUCGCUUGGAAAGAUGCCGUGGAAGAAGCAUGUGAAAGUGGAGUUAGUGUUAUUGCAGAACCUGGUGGGAGUAUAAGAGACGGAGAUGCUAUAGAUUGCUGCAAUAAGUAUGGCGUUUCACUUGUUUUCACUAACAUGAGGCACUUCAGGCAUUAAUAUCAGAUUCUAGUUUUGGUUCUUGCUCCUUUUACUUUCAUCCUAGCACCAUUGCUUAGAGCUCAGAAUCUAGUUUUCGUUGGACCACUAGGUUUGUUUUCCUCUCAUUUUAAAUUCAUGUAAUCAUGUUUUUCUUGUACAAUCUGAAAAAUGCCUGUAUUUUGGAUACCAGAGAUUUUACCUCUGUUUUCAGUAAAGCUGAAUGACUAAUGCCAAGAAUUGUGGGCUAUCUAUUUGUCUGAAGUUCUUAGUAAACACAACUAAAGAUCAGAAUAAUCUUUAGUCCUGUUCUUGUUUCUUUCUUUAGUACAAGAAAAACACAUGUAAAUAAACUGGUCGCUAAAUAGCAACAUGAGAAUAUAUAAAGUAAAAAAGAAGAGUCAUAUUUCCAUUUGUGGAAAGAUGGUGAACAAAAAUUGUC